CACGAACCACAGGCACGAAAAAUCAGGUCUUGUGGCGGCCGGGAAGAGGCCGAGCGUCGGAAAGGUGGAGCAAAAGAGACGGAAAAAUGAAACUUCGUUUCGCCAUGGUGUGUUCAUCAAACCAGAACAGGAGCAUGGAAGCUCACUCCCUACUCAAGCGCGAGGGCUUCGACGUUUGCUCCUACGGGACCGGCGCUCAUGUCAAGCUUCCCGGCCCCUCUCUCCGCGAACCCAACGUUUACGAGUUCGGCACCCCCUAUAAGCAAAUGCACGACGAACUCCGCCGCCAGGACGCCGAGCUGUACAAGCGCAACGGGAUUCUGCCCAUGUUGAAGCGCAAUUACAGCGUCAAGACUGCGCCUCAGCGCUGGCAGGACAACGCUGCGGAUGGCUACUUCGAUGUCGCCUUCACAUUUGAAGAGAAGGUGUUUGAUACGGUCAUUGAAGAUUUAAAUAAUCGCAAACAUUCAUUAUUGAAGAGUGUACUCAUCAUCAACUUGGAGGUCAAAGAUAACCAUGAAGAGGCUGCCAUUGGCGCCAAGCUUGCUUUUGAUUUAUGCCAAGAGCUGGAAGCUGUGGAUGUCUGGGAAGAUUCAAUUGAUGACAUUGUGAUCGCAUUUGAGCAGCAGCAUAAUAGGAAGCUUCUGUAUAGUGUAUCUUUCUACUAGAUAUACUUUCAGUCUUUCAGUAAAUACAAGCAAUCUUUGUUGAUGCUUUGGUGCAUUUUGUGUUGACAAAAUUACAGUAUAUGGAGAGAAGUCUUUUGCUCUUCGAUGGAAAAAAUAAUCUAUUCAAUAUCCA